AUUUAUUAUUUACUGCUUUCGAGAUUUAGAAAAGAAUCGUUAAAAUAUUUGAAAAUUCUACCAUAGGACAUAGACAUGAGUAUAUCAUGAGUACUGAUCGUUUGGCGUUGAUUUUUAAAUAGUAUUGACUAAUCACCACGAAAUAAGACAUAUCUUUAUUCGUGAUAAUCAGUAAUCACUAUUCACUAUAGAGUUUCGAUUUAAAUACGUAUUGAAUUCGAAAGUUGAAACAUCAAAUUUACUCAUUUACAUUUUACACAAAAUACCCAUCUUCUAUCUGUUGACUGUUACACUACUCGAAAACUUGAAAAUGGCCUGGCAGCCAAACAUCACCACAAUGGCUAAGCAAAACAAAUCGUCAAUGCACGUCGAAUACGGUAACCUUAUUAAUGAAUUAGAACAAUACAUGCCACAAUUCAAAGCGACUAUCAAAGAUCUACAAGAGCCCUCUCAAUCGUUUGUUACGAAUUUCUACACGGAUGUGUUCAACGAAUUCUUCUGUGAUGUGAAUAAUUUGAUCGAGAUCCAUAUCAAUCAAAAUCUCACGUACCAUGAAAUGUACAGUGAAACUGUGCCAAUAUUGAACAUGUGCACAGCUUUGAAAUAUAUUUACUCGAAAUUGGGAAUUGAUGAUUUUGGUUUGAAUGAUAUUUGUGAUCCGAGUUCAAAAAGAACAUAUCGUUUGCUGCAAACAAUGAUAAACUUCAUUAAAUAUAGUGAUGAAAAAAUACACGAAGUUGAUGCUAAAAUGAAAGCCGUUAGAAAUAUGAAAGAUACAAUUGAUAGUUUUAAGAAGCAAAAAGAUAUCAUUGUGAAUACAAUUAAUAAAAAGUCGUUAGACCGUAUACAACGAGGAGCUGAAAUAAAAACUGUUGGCGAAGAAGUAAAAGAUGGAAAGUCUGAAUUGGCCAAAAUUCAAAAACAUCGAGAUGAUGUACUUAAAGAAUUGGAGAAAGUGAAACAAGAUCAAGACGAUAUUGAGAAAAAAUGUUCAAAGUUGUGUGAACUAAAAGAUAAUAUCAUAAGAGAUAUAAAUGAUCUUAGAGCACAAAUUGUAGAGGCGCCAGAUUUAUUAAAAGCCGAUCAUGAACGUCUAAAAAGAUUAAAAAAUGAAAUAACAGAAAAGAAAUCUGCGAUGAUGGCGCAAGUUAGUGCUAAAAAACAAACUGUUAUAAUUCUGGAACAAGAACUAGCAGCACAAGAAAAACGAUUACGUUUGUUAACAGAUGUAACUGAAAAAAAUGAAAGACUUUCUAAAUUAAUCAAUGGAAUUGAAACAAUGUCACAAACAAAAUGUGAAUUAGAAGAGUCUUCUGAAAAUUUGAAGGAAAGAAUUGAAAUUCUGGAACGUGAACGAGCUGAAAUAAAUAACAAAAUAAAUAAUUUUGUUAAAGAAAUGGAGAGGGAACGCAAUUCAUACAAGUCUAAAUAUGAUGUAUUAAAUAAAGAAAUUGACAGUAUGAUAAAACAAUCCAGUUAUCAAUCUGAAACUAUAAAGUCGUUAGAAUUUGAGAUUAACAAAUGUAAUUUGCAUAAGAGUAAAUUGGAAAUUGAUGUGAUCACUAUUAUGAAGGAUUUUGAAUUUGCCAAGAAUGCCUUGAACGAAUUACAAAAUAAUUUCCACUUGGAAACUAUUAAAAAUCUUAUGCCUGAUAUGCAGAAUGAACAUUAAGACUAUUAAUAUUUUUUGUAAUUUUGACUUUGUCAUGUGUAUAUGUUUGUUUUGAUUCUGUUAUAUUUAAUAAAAGUUUAAGUAAUUUUAUUGAAACUUUAUGCUUCACUUAAUUUACUUUACUCUUAAUUAAGUGUUUACUGUAAAAUGAGAAAUGUCAAACAUUAUUCUAGUGUCUAUUAUGCUGUUAUAUUAUUGCAUUUCAAAUUUUAAUUGUAAAAAACUGUAAAGAAAAAAUUAUAAUUUAUAAAUAGGAUAAUUAUUUAAUAACUAUUUUUAACAAUAUUUUUAUAUAAUAAAAUAUACACAUUUUAAAAACAUAAUAUAAACAUUAAGAGUAAUUGUUUUCAUAAGUUUAUAACCAUUUAACUAAUUUGGGCUGUAACAUAAUCUGAAAUACAGAUGUCUGAUUUGCGGCAAAUAAUUGUCAUUGGGCAUACAAUAUUACAAUAGAAAAAUAAUAUUGCCCAUAGAUUUAUUAGCAUGAUCAAUUUGUAAAUAUCUUUGGCAUAAAUAAAUAAAAGUUUUUUUUGGCCUAAU